AUGAAGUACAAGGUGCUGGGCUUCCCCCUGGACAAGCCCAAGCUGCGCGUGCUGUGCUUCCACAACGCCGGCAGCGCGGAAUCCAUCUACACCGGGCCGAAGACGCCGUUCAUCGACUGGGUGAAGGAAACGAAGCAGGUGGAGGUCAUGGCCUUCGACUACCCCGGCCGCGACAAGCUGCUGAAGGCCACGAAGCACACGACCACGGAGACCUUGGCGCCGGAGCUGCUGGGUGUGGCCUAUGAGAAGCUCACCGAUGGUGUUCCCUACAUCGUUUGGGGCCACUCGGUGGGCACCUGGGUCGGCUUCGAGUUCCUCAUGCACGCGCGAAAGAUCGGCCUGCCUAUGCCCUUGGCGGCCUUCUUUGUCACCUUCCCUGCACCACACUGGCCCGAGACGAAGCGCCCUUGGAGGAGGAAUGCCAAGCUGAACGAUGCAGAGAUGAAGAAGGAAGUCUUGAACUGGGACAGCACACACUUCGGCGGCGCGGGCAAGGUCGUCUUCGAGGAGCCCACCUGGAAAGAGACCUGGGAGCCGAUGAUGCGCGCGGACUUCAAGCUCUUCGACGAGUACAAGUUCAAGCACGCCGGCACACCGAAGUUCGACUUCCCCCUCCACUGCUGGUGGUGCGAGGGAGAGCACUUCAUCAAGGGAGAGAUGGUCCAGGCCUGGAAAGAUUGGACGUCCUCCGAGUUCGACUACCAGGUGUUGAAGGACACGGGGCACUUGACGGCCUUCUACCAGGCGGAGCUCAAGAAGGCGUACUUCACCAAAGUGACGGAUUUGAUGAAGAAGUAUGCGGGCUUGUAG